CGUCAACAUCAAGAACUCAUCGACGCACUCUCGGAAAUUCUAAAAUCAGAAGAGGAAUUCAAUGCCAGACGUAAAGCAAUGGCAAAUCAGUCUUCUUCGUUGAACCAGUUAUAUCCAAUCCUACCUACUAGUGAUAGUUCGUACGCGACAAUGCCGUCGUCAUCGUGCACUGAGCGAAUCUACGAUGCCAUAUGGACACCGACAAAAGUGUCUGAUUAUCAAACCAACAACAUGGAGUUUCAGUCAGCACCAAGACAUACUGAGUUCAUGCCGACAGAUGAAAAUCAUCACGAGCAAUUGGUGAGACUCUCGUUUUCGCCACCUCAUCGUUCGGCAACUACGAGACGAUCUCGAGGCAAGAGAUCAAAGUUCAAUUGGAGUCGAUCACUUAGCAGAACGUCGGCUCGAUCAUCAGAAAAUCCAUCAGCUACACCUGUAAUGUCUUGUAAUGAGGCGACUAGCAAAUUGAGGCUCUCUAGUAGGGAUUCAAUGAAUUCGAGGCCGUCAGUGCCUCCUCCACCCCCACCUCCACCUCCACCGCCACAUUUUUCGUUGACACCACUGAUUUUCGAAUGA